ACUCCUCUUGUGAUUUUUUUUUAUAAGAGUCGACUGUUAAAAUUUAUGCAUUCAGACCAAGUAGCAAUAUUUUGGGAGGGAAAUCCUCAAAGACAGUUAUUGCGUCUCUCACACGUCGCUUCCCCAUAAAACACCGUUUCCUGGAAAUGGCAAAAGGACAACCAAAGUCCUUCUGAAGUAACAUAGAAAACGGUUGCAGGCAGUUAUCUCGGAACAUCUUCUCUGCCCUGUUCUUGUCAUGGUUUCAUCAACCGGUAGACGCUCUCUUCCCUUUCUGGUCUGUCUUCAUCCCUCUACGCCCAGUCCUUCCAGUGCUGUUUCGGCUUUUCAUGCAAAAACCAACUGUUUGAUGUACAAAACUCUGAAAAUUGGCACUCGAAUUAGAGUUUUCCAGUGAUGCACAAAAGGCAGUCUGUGGAAAAUUGUUGAACGCGUUCGGCAAUCAACUUAGUUGUGGGCACAAGUCUGUGUUUUGAACGGAGAAUCCAGACAAAAUGGAAGCAUUCCUAUAGUGAUUUCAUUUCAUAUUUUCAUUGCAAAACUUCCCCUUCUGGCAACGAGUCCAUUCCAGUGAGUUUUACAUUGUUGAUCUGUAAUCACGCGUCUUUAAAGAUGUAUCAUAGCUGUGCUUCCAUUCCAUGACUGACCAUGAACUUUAAGUAUAUGUCAGUUCACUACAAGUUUUUGUUCAAUUUCUUUCAUGUUUUUUCUAGUUUUAUCUUUUGGUUAUCAAAUUAACUCGAAAUUAGGAAGGAACAUCACAUCUUUUCCGUUUGAAUUUCCCAGUUCUUAAUCCGAGAUUCACUUUCGUGCAUUCAGGUCUUCGUCCUCUGAGAAACUCAAUUGACUGUUCUUUGAUGUUUGAGCGGGGAAGGCAUUGAUGGGAUCUUUUCUUUCGAGUGCGCUUCUGUUGGUUUUCGGUUAUGCUUACCCGGCCUUCAAGUGCUUUAAGAUGGUCGAGAAGGACCAGCCACAGGUCGAGCAGCUUCUGUUCUGGUGUCAAUACUGGAUCCUAGUAGCUUUUGCUACAGUGUGUGAGAGACUCGGGGACCCUUUCAUGUCUUGGUUACCAUUGUAUGAUGAGGCUAAAUUGGCAUUUUUCAUCUAUCUCUGGCACAGCAAAACAAAUGUAUGCUUUCGAAAUCUAAAAACUAAUCUCUGUCCGUAUUGAUCUGUACAAGGCUAUGCCGUGGAUCGUCUUUUAUGUUUGUCUCUUGUUUUAGGGAACAGAGUACAUCUACAAUUAUUUCUGCAGGGAUAUUCUGGCAAAACAUGAAGAUGCCAUCGAUUGGAAAUUGCUGGAGCUGAGGAACAAAGCAGGGGAUCUUGCAGUUAUAUCGUGGCAAAAGGCUACGGGCUAUGGCCUCGCAAGGUUUCUCGAGAUUUUUCAGUACGCCUCCUCUCACUCGCUGUCUCUGCAGCCUAAUGAUCCUGUACACGCAAAUAAGGUGAAGAAGUAGGCCUUUGAUCAUGUUUCAAAUUCGAACAGAUUAUGUAAACUAAUGGAGAAAACUUCCCCUAACAUAUUAGAAAGGUUAAUUGAAUCUUGUUGACGCUGAGAGCAUCUGAAGGAACAUCAGAUUUUCAAUUUUAAGAUUAGAUACCGAAAUUUGCAGCAACAUCGAAGUGAUAGCGGAAGAGAAUCAGGACCUGGAGCAGGCAUUGACCAUCAGGCAAAACCCCUAAUAUCAUCUGCUAUGUCAUUUGGUGAUGAUGGGGAAGCACCAGUCGUAGGCCCAAAUGUUUCCCAGAAUUCCAGUCCUGGUCAGUCAAAGGCUAGAGAAGUGAACAUAACAUUGCAGGAUAAAGUGCCGUUUUCGGAAAAUGGAAAACUAAAGGGAAGUCCAGCUACUAGAGAAGAUGGAAAAACUGGGAUGUUUCAAGCAGCAAUGAACCGAAUGAGAAGGCGAAAAUCUUCUCAUUGUGGCCGAUGAAU